UAUUCUUUUAGUUCUAAAGGUGUAAUUCAUCAGUUUUCAUAUGUUGCUCUCCCUAAACAGAACUCUGUUAUGGAAAGAAAUCAUCAUCGCUUACUUAAUACUUGCCAAACACCUUAUGCUCGAUGGUAUGGCAAGAUUCCUGAUUAUUCUAUGAUGAGAUCAUUUGGUUGCUUGUGCUUUGCUUCUACUUUGCAUCUCAAAGAACAAAAUUUCAGCCUCGAGCUAUUCCAGCUGUGUUUAUUGGUUAUCCUGCCGCUUUCAGCAUCAUAUAAACCUCAGUUUUUAAUCAAGGUGUCAAGUUUACACAUUGGCAAAAGGCAAAGGAUUCUGAUUAGUUGCUAUGGAGGCGAAUCAUACUUGGUUUGUUGUUCCACUUCCUUCAAACCAACAUUCCAUUGGAUACAAGUGGGUUUAUAAGGAACACGAACUUGCUGACUGGACUAAAGCAGAGGAUCUGGCAAAGUCAGGAGACAUAGCCGAUGUGGAAGUAAUAAGCUCGAGUACUCGAGGUUUUGUUGUAUCAUUUGGCUCCCUAAUAGGAUUUAUGACCUGGAAACAAAGUACGAGAGGUAAAUUGCAUGACCCUAAAUUUUACACCAAUUCAUCCUUACUAGUGGACUUGAUUGAUGCACUUGAUCGGCUUUGUACUGUUGAAGGCGACAUAUUUGGCGUCCCUAAAGAAAAUUUGGAAAGCAUAAUUGGUGCCACCAUAGGUUCUUACCUUAAGUUGCUCUCUAGUGAGAAGGCUAGACUUGAAGAAUUAAACAGACUUGUGUACCUUGCCAAAAGAUAUAGCUCAUGUUCACAAGUCUUGGUAGUUGUAGCUGAUUAUUUGGAUUUUAUUUAUGGUAUUUUGGUUAAUGGAAUACCGUAUGUGCGACAGCUUGUGAUUAUGUGCUUCACAUGGCUCAAAGGGUGA